AUGUUAUCCUCUAAGGACAAGCAGUAUAUGCUGCUUAGCCUUGUGGCUGGUGCCCAAUUGGGGGCUGCCGCCUUGUGGAACACCGAUAUCCCCACCGAGUACGGUGCAGUUCGUGGAUUCCCAGCCUUCAACACUACCGAUAUUGCUGUGACUGCUUGGAAAGGUGUUCCUUAUGCAGCUGACACCGGCGGCGAAAACCGCUUUCGACCCCCUCAACCCCGUCCAAGAUGGAACGGAACCCUUGACGCUAAAGAUUUCGGAUAUGCGUGCCCCGAUAGCCAGCAGACGUACACCGUUGACGAGGACUGUCUAAGUGUUAACAUCUGGACAAACGCCAACUCCACUGAUGCUGGCCUUCCUGUGUUUAUGUGGAUUUAUGGUGGCGAAUGUACUUCGGCUCAGCCCCUUUUCGACGGCGGUGGCCUUGCCCAGAAGGACGUGGUGGUUGUCACCAUCAACUACCGCGCCGGCGCUUUUGCCUGGCUUGCUCAUCCCGAGUUGGCUGAAGAGUCGCCGGAGGGUGUCUCCGGCAACUACGGCCUCCUUGACCAGAUCCAGGCCCUGAAAUGGGUGCACCGAAACAUCGCCAACUUCGGUGGCGACCCCAAGCGUAUCACCGUUGCGGGCCAGAGCGGGGGCUCGGCUGGUGUGUACCAUCUAGUCAAUAGUCCAUUGACGAAGGGGCUUAUCCAUGGUGCUAUCGCCGAGAGUGGUGUCCGCUAUCCUUACGACAGUCUGAUUGCCGGCCUUGCUACUUCAUACCGCACGAUGGACGACGCGCUCGAUAUCGGGAUCAAUUACACCCUCAGCCACAACGUCACCACUAUCGCUGAGCUCAGAAAGCUUCCCAUGGAAGAGCUCCUGGACCCCCGCGAUUUCGAAACUAUCAACUGGAUUACCACCCUCGACACUGGCUCACCGCCGAAAUUCCGUCCCACCCUAGAUGGUUGGGCUUUCCCGGCCACUUACCUGGAGCUUCUGAAAUCCGGUGCUGCCAAUGACGUGCCCUUCAUCACUGGCAACAACAAGGACGAGUCGGGUGCCUCAACGACCACUGACUACACCCUUGCCGAGUACAACUACUAUUCUUCUUUCAAGUACGCGAACCUAUCAUCUCGGUUCUUCGAGCUCUAUCCCGCCAGCAACGCCACGCAAGCCGACAUGGCCUGGAAUGCAGCUGCCCGCGAUACCUCUCGGGUGUCCUCUUACUUGUUUGCCAACGAGUGGGCCAAGGCGUAUGAUUCCCCGUUCUACACCUACUACUGGGACCAUGCUCCUCCGGGUCAGUCGCAGGGCGCAUACCACAUGUCCGAGAUCAACUAUGUCUUCAACAACCUCUACGGUACCGACCUCCCAUGGACUAAGGCAGAUUGGUUGAUCGCCGAUAUCAUGUCCAGCUACUGGGCCAAUUUUGUCAAGACCGGAAACCCCAACAAUGGGUCUUCGUGGACUGGCCCGGGCGAAUUGGUGCAUUGGCCCGCUAACCAGCACGAGAAUGAUACCAUGCAUCUUGGCUAUAGACAGGGAGUCUGCCCCAUCGCCAGCCCUGCCCAGGUCAGCCUUAUUACGGACUUCUUCCAUGGUCAGCAGCCCUGGUGA